AUGUCUACACUAUAUCAAAUCGGUACUGAGACGAAGAAUAGAAUCAGUAAAUUCCGUAUUUCUACAGGGAGAGCAGAAUCUAUUAAGGGUCUAUCUAUCAAGAUUGAGCCGAAAACAUAUGAAAUUGUCAUUGAUGAAGAUGAACAAGAAGAAUUAGAUGAUAUGACUGAAUUGACUGAAUUGGCUGAAAUUAUGCCAGAUAACUCUCCAAGAUACCUGCUACUGGCAUACCCUAUGACAAAUAAGGAUGGUAUCAAACAAACUCCACUAAUAUUAAUCUACUGGAAACCAAGUACGGUUGUAUCACAGGAAUGGAAAAUGAUGUAUGCGGGUGCUUUGGAGAUGGUUAGAAAUGAAUGUGGUACUUACAAGUUGGUUGAGGUAUCCUCUGGGUUGGAAGAUGAUGACGACGUGGAGGACUUAAUAGAACAAAUAGAGAAAUCUAAUUAA